CCACCACCGUCAAAUAUGACCGAUGUACAAGUAACAACAGAAUGGAUAGCUGCACAGGAUGACGUAGAGCUCUACAGCAAAACCUAUAGCCCUGCUGAGCCCAAGGCUCUCAUAUUUUUUGUACAUGGUUUUGUUGAGCAUAUCGACAGAUAUACGCUUAUAUUUCCAAAGUUUGCACAAGCGGGUUACAAACUAUUCGCAUACGAUCAGCGCGGUUUUGGACGUUCAGCACAUGAGAAAUCUGGAAAUCCGAAGCCUGGAUUAACUAGUUGGAAAUAUGGUCUGAAGGAUCUCCAAACCCUCAUAUUCAGAUUCGCAGAGCAGAACAAAGGUUUACCGUUGUUUUUGAUGGGUCACUCUAUGGGUGGUGGACUCGUUCUGGGUUCUCAAACGCGCAAUCCGCCUCUCAAUUUGCCUGAAUUGAAGGGCGUAAUCGCUAUGUCACCAUUAAUCAAAUUGACAAACCCACCGCCAAACUUACUAAUCAAAAUGGUACAAAGAUGUAAAGGUCUCCUUGGAUCAUUCACAAUAUCACCAAUGAUCGAUCCUAAAGAUAGAACACACGAUGAGGAAGUGCAGAAAGCGAUAGAAGAGGAUGUGCUUGCCUCUAAGAUAGGUACAUUACGUGGUGUAAGUGACAUGCUCUACAAUGGACCUCUUUUGCUUUCAAACAAUUACAAAUUUUACCAAGCAAACAUACCUUUACUCAUUGCGCACGGUGAUGCCGACAAUUUGAACUCUUUUGAAGCCUCCAGUCAGUUCAUUGAUAAGGUGAUGGCAAGAUCUAAGCAGCUUAAGACAUAUCCUGGCGCAAGGCAUGAACUGUUCAUGGAGGCAGGUGAGCUCAAAUACGAAGUCGCCAGGGAUGUUAUAGCGUGGCUUAAUAACGUUAUGGAUGAACCAACGCCUUCUAAAUUAUAAUCUACAACUUGACAAGAUUGUGCGACUAUAACUGCAUAUUGAUAUCCAAAUCAUUGAUAAACAUUGAAUAUUUUGUAACAUAGCUUUACUCUUUAUUAAUUCCACCUUCCGCCUCUUGAUCAGAACCGGUUAUGUCUGAUAAGCGAGCCACACUUCAAUUGCAGGAGUUAUAUAGCGUUAAAGACGCAAUAUGCGUAGUUACAGGUGGUGCUAGUGGGUUAGGACUCACGAUAUCGCAAACACUCGUGCAGAACUUAGCUAAAAAGCUCUAUAUUACAUCCAGGAAUGUUAACCAGCUUAAAGAAGCACAGAAAUAUCUCCAGAGUUUGAACAACAACUGCGUCGUUGAAUGUAUCCCUUCAAAUCUAUCCACAAAGUCUGGAGUUGAUACUGUAGUCGAUUACGUCAAAGCUAGAGAAAACCAAUUGGAUAUCCUAGUGAAUAACUCGGGUGUUACAUGGGGAGCAAAGCUCGAGGAUUUCCCAGAACAAGCUGGAUUCGAUAACGUCAUGGCACUCAACGUUAAAGCGUCAUUCUACAUGAUUGCAGGUUUGGCUAGUCUUCUAGCGGAGGGAAAGACAAAUACAGCACCAGCACACGUCGUGAAUAUCUCAUCAAUCGCUGGAUUGGCGACAACUGCUCAAAAUGGAGGCUUAACAGGUGGUGGAGUUGGUGUGUGGUCAUAUAAUGCUAGCAAAGCGGCACUUAAUUCACUCACGAAGACGCUCGCACAGACUCUUAGUAGGAGAAAUAUAAUGGUGAAUGCUAUUCUUCCUGGUGUCUUUGAGACACGUAUGACACGCUAUGGACUUGACAAGUAUAAGGACAAAAUCCUGUCUUCACAACCUACUGGUAGGUAUGGAGAAGGUCCAGACCUUGCUGCUACUUUACUCUUCCUCGUAAGCAAAGGUAGUGCGCACGUCACUGGAAAUCUCAUUGUUCUCGAUGGUGGUUCUACCCUCUAAGAUAUAUUGUAUUAACUUCAAUCAAAUGGCAUGUAUGUUACUUCACGUCACUUCCUUCUUUUUGUUGACCGAUGUUUAUCUGGCGACACCGACCAGCUCAGCUUUUGAGUAUACUCCGGUUGGUUUCUGCUCCCAUUGAUGCUUCGUUGAUGUCUUUUCGUUUGUAACUGGUGCUGGAACCUCCGUUGGUCCUUCUUUGAGUUUAAGUUGCUAAGGUAUAAUGUCCAGAG